CGCUGAAAAAAGUCAGCAACACUCACUCAACCAACUGUUGCAGCUUAGAUUUUAGUUUAGCAAUUGCCUUUCGCCUUUCGCCAUGGAUCUGAAUCAACGCACUUACUUGCUGGUAACAGGCGCCUCUCGCGGCAUUGGCCAGGAAGUGGCCCAACAAUUGUCCCGUCAGAUCAACGCCGCCGCCUCCAUUGUGGUGCUGCUGGGUCGAAGUGAAUCUCAGCUGCUGGCCACCAAAGAGAACAUCUUGAGCGAUCGCCCAGAGCUGGCGGUGCACACAUAUUCACUGGAACUGGCGACUGCCCAGGCGGCGGACUUUGCUCGCAUUCUGGACGAGACGCUGGCGGGCCAAAAUCUGAAGGAGCUGCAACGCGCCAUUGUCAUCCACAAUGCGGGCACCUUGGGCGACAGUUCGAAGCAUGCCCGCGACUUGGGUGACACGGCGCUGCUGGAGCAGUAUUAUCACAUUAAUUUGUUCUCGACGCUCGCACUGAAUCGUGAGUUUAUGCGCGUGUUUGCCGAGGUGCCCAAAUUGAUUGUGAAUCUGAGCACAUUGGCUGCUCUGAAGCCCUUUCCUUCCAUGGCCUACUAUUGCACCGUGAAGGCGUCGCGAGAGAUGUACUUCCGUGUUCUGGCCGUGGAGGAGCCGGCGGACAAGACGCUAGUGCUCAACUAUGCGCCCGGUGUCAUCGAUACCCAGAUGACGCUGCAGCUGCAGCACGAAUCCCACGAUGCCAACGUGACGGCCACAUAUAAGAAGCAACGCGAUACGCAGACAAUGUUGAAAGCAGAGCAGACAGCACAGAAGCUAAUCGAUGUGCUGCGGGCGCAGAAAUUCCAGUCUGGCGAUCAUGUGGAUUACUGGGAUUAAACAGAUACUUUGAAUAUGGGUUGUGGACUUGCUAUGUAUUCCAAACUAAUGUUAAAUAAACUAUAUAUCGCACUGGA